CCGACCGAUCGUGUCUUCUGUGGAACGUGAGAAAUUUCGGUCAAUGUUUGUUUUGCCAUGGGAUGCGAAAAAGUGAAAGCACGUUUUUUGCGGUAUGAAAGUAUAGACAGUAUACUUCAAUCAUUACACCUACGUGAGAUUGAGCUCGAAGAUGAAUGUUUUGAAAACAAGUUUUUAAAGGGAAAGUAAUAUUAAUAAAGUUUAUGCAAUUUUGUGAAACAAACCUAUCAUGAAUGUAGGCAAACCUUCUAACUUGCAUAAUACUCGUAUAUCUGGUAUCGAAUGAACUAAUUAUUAUAUUUUAUACGUAGAUGUAUACAAUUUUUUAACAUCUAAUCGAUUAUAUACAGUUGGUAAAAUUAAAAUUUACGAGUAUUUUCUCGAGUAUUUAGUAUUAUAUAGAUAUGGAACCAAUUAAGAGUUUCUGACCCUGUCAAAGCCUCGUAUUUUUAAUUUGCUGAAUAUUAAAAAUUAUAAUUAGGUACUCACUUGGUUUCAAAUUGUUGCAUAGAUUACCGAAAUUAUUACGCAAAAUGAAAAAACUUAGAUGUUUUAAAAUUCAAGUUCACAGUAUCGAAUCCAAUUAGAUGGGGAGGAUAAGCCUUGGGUGAUCGAAAGUGUCCUUGCUUGAAAGGGAGGAAACUAUUCUUUCAAUGGGGCUUGAAUAACUUCUUAAUAACUUGCCAAGCAUUAGGUAGAAAAAUAUCUCGAUACUUUGAUUUUGUAAUAUAAUGGUGUGUUAAUGAUAAUUAUAAAUGAUCUUAGUCGGCCUUAAUGUAAAAAAAAUAAUAUUUACCGACUGCAAAAUGCAACCUUGCUCUAUACAAUUAACAUUUAGCGGAAGUUGCGUUGAAAUAAUGAAUAUUGCAAAUUUUGUGUAAUUUUUCCUAUUUAUAGUUACAUUAUAUCGUCGGUGCGUAACUUUGAUUUACUUAUAUUAUUUACUAGUUAAUUUGAGGCACAAUUUGCUUAUAGUACCUAACUACAGCUAAAGUUUAAUCAUUUAAAAUGGAUCCUUUCUCAGUGGCCUUCCAGUGAGCCUCAAAAGUAUCGUCUGUUGUCCUAAACCGCGAUACAGGUUAUGCACUAAUGCACUUUUAAAAUGUAAGUAAUUGGGUCAAUUAUAAAAAACGCAUGCGCUGUGCAUACGCUAUUCGUAAUGCAUCCUCAUUUUUACAUUCCUUAAAUGAUUUACAGAAUGUUGUCGACUUUCUUGCAGCAUUAUGCAAUCUACUAAUUUAUUGAUUGUGUUUAAAAAACAUUUCGUAUCUCUUAAAAGGUUGUAAACCUUUUUUGCAUAUUUCGGUCAAUUCGUCACACGUUUCUUUCAUUAAAGCAACCGAUCUACUAUGGUUAGGUCAAGAAUAUUUUCAAUAGAAAAACUGCGUAAACAGUGUUUUAGAACGAAUGCCUUAAAUUGAUGGAAAUACCACGAAUGAGCUUAUAAAUUGUGAUGGGGGUUAGUUAGACUAAUGAAAAAGGGGGAAAAUAUCGAUUUCAGACACUACGGCAACAUAGUAAAAUUAUUAUGAGUUAUCUAAUCAGAGUCCUACGCGAUCUGUAAUGAGACAUAAUGUUCUAAGCAUAAUUUUUUUAAUAAUUGUCCUUAUAUCUUAGUGGUUACAAUUUAAAAAUAUUAUUUUUUAAUCCAUUUGGUAACAAUAACAUUUUUAUCUAACCCAUUAAAAAUUGCAAAAACAAGAAAGCAAAGAUGCCAAAAUGAUGGCGAACCUGUAAAAUAAGUUGUGCGUAAUUAAAGUAAUAGUAGGUAUUACAUGUAAUUUGAAAAAAAAUAAGGAAACUGAAAUAAAAUAUACUAUAUUCUACGAUAUUAAGUACUUUUGUGGAGUUUACUGUUGUGAUUUGUAUUUAAAAAUAUUCGUGAUAAUAUAUCAAGUACAGAUACCGGCAAACAUCUUGAACAAAUGUCCUUGCCUGCGCACAAGCGAUUUUUAGGUAUCACUGGGAGGGCGGGCAGCGGCGGGAGAAUGGCGUGUCGAUCGCGUGAUUGGUAAAUCAGUUGACGUUUGUGUCGAUGCGCAAACUUUCCCCCACUCCCUUGUUUAAUGCUGAAGAAGUUUGCCGGUAUCUGUAUAAACCAGUACUUAGGUAAUUGAGGUAUGAAGUCAUACUAAAUGCACUCUUUUGUGUCUACGCAUGUCGAUAGAUGCAUUAAUGUGAUACAUAUUGUAAGUGCGUGUGUAGAUGUGUAAGUAUAUGCGCGAAUGUACAAUGUUACUUGAAAUAAAAUAUAACGAAUCGAAUUAUUUAUAUCAUUGCUCCCAACCAUUUUUCUUGCUCAACUUAUUGUGGACUGUUUAUGUGCGGUUAAAAAUAUUUAAUUGUGCGUUACAAGUAAAAAAUAAAUAUAUAAAAAUGGUUAUCGACAUCGUAAUCGCCCUCAAUUUAAACUAGAGUCAAAUGUGCCUGAAACCAGUCUACGAAUAACACGUCACACCGAUUGUAAACAGCUAACGACCAAUUAACAGGCUAACUGUAGCAAAAACAGUUACUACCAUGAAGAUUAGUAGAGCGCAACGUUGACGUGAACCAGAAUAUUGGUGUAUUCUGGUAUCGAAUAUGGCCAAUCUAUUCAUCCUCAUCCUUGCAUCGACAUUCUAUUUCACUCUCUCCUUUACGCCUCUAUCGAAGGAAGAGCAGAUACAAAACUUCAAUAAAUUGAACGACGACGUGGAACCGUUUAGAAGGAAUUUAACCGAAUGUGCGCGACAAGUCAAGGCUUCGAUGGUAGACGUUGAAAAUUUCCUUAAACGAAUCCCACAGUCGUCCGCGCAGGGUAAGUGCUUCGUCGCGUGCAUUUUGAAACGCAAUAAAAUCAUUGUCAAGAACGAAAUCAGCAAAGAGAAUCUUUUAGAAGUAAACCGAGCCGUAUACGGAGACGAUACAGAAGUGAUGAUCAGGUUAAAGUCUGCGAUAGCGGAAUGCAGUGAUGUCGUAGAAGGAAUUUUCGAAAUAUGUGAAUAUGCAUCUAUAUUUAACGACUGCAUGCACAUGAGGAUGGAGCAUAUAUUGGACAAAGUGACAAUGGAGAGGAGAAUGGAAACGUUGGGACAAAUGACAUCCGACCCGGACAUCUGGACGGAGGAAGAUGACGAAAUUUUGAAAUUAGUCAAAGAUGAAUUGUAAGCGCCCGUUUAUAAGUUAUAGCAAAAUAGACGAAGUCAAUAUGACUCGAGCGAUUGCGUGACCCAGCGCAGGCACUCGAAUCGCCUCUUAAUUUAUUAUUGUUUUAACUUUUGCUUUAGGGACUUUCAUUGUAAUAACGAAAUUGAUGUAGGUAUGUUACCGAAAUAAAAAAUCAUGAUACAUGCAUAAAAGAUUUAUUAACAAAUUAAAAAAAUGCUAAUCAUAUACGCGAUAAAUACAUAUCGUAAUCAUUUGUAUAUGUACAUCUUUUGCAAGAUUUCUACUGACAUUCAUUCACAAGUAGCGAAAAUAUUUACAGACAGACAAAAAUAAAAUCGUAAUGGAAUGAAGUUUACGUAUAGAAAGAAACCGAAUUAUCAUUUUAUUUUAAUUAUAAAUUAAUUCUUUACUUGUAAUAUGACAUUACAAGAAGAGGAAGAUUGUAUAUGCUUUUAGUGUUUAACUAAAAAACUAGAAUGAAAUUUCAA